AUGACUCACGAUACACAGCACAGCACACCAGCUACAUCAUCGACAGAGCAAAGGCCAUCUCCUCAUCGGGCUAAGUCUAGCCAGAUGUCCGUUCAGACGGAUUACAUGAACAUGUUACUUGCACUCGAUGCGGUUCCACGUUUGGAUAAUCUUCUGGCCAGCUUCUUUACCUGGAUAUUACUCGCCGGCUUUGUGCUCUUUCCCGGAACAUUUACAAGCUUGCAGAGCUUCAACAUUGACAAUGGUAACGGGGGGCUUCAGCAGGUAGAAGGCCGAGUACUGGAUGUGGUACAGAAUGUAUCUCUAUUCGUGAUAGCGUGGAUAUGCUGCGGAGUCGGGGCCGUGGGGAUGAUCUGGUUGUGGUGGAAGUGGAAUGCCAAUUACAUCUGGCUCCUGGACAGCAUCUUCCUACCUGGCUGUCUCAACGGACUUGCGGGGGUAAUCACAACGAUCGCGAACGUGUUCGGGGCGCAAGGCGGGCGAUUCACGGUAAACAGCGAAGCUACGCUCGCGGUGACAGGCGCAUGCACCGUGAUCUGUGGUGCAUUGACCGUGUUCUAUAGCGCGUGGUUGCUUAGGCGGGUGAAGCUGAGGCACGAAAUGGAAGUCGGGAGGGAGAGAGCAGGAAAACACGGAGAGGGUUUACUGGAAGAAGUCAAGAGGCACGCGCAAGAGCCAGAGCCUCAAGCCAGGAUCUUUUGA